AUGGGUGGAUCACUUCUCUAUGUCGGUUUCCUACCUGGCUUUGUUCCACUUCGGUCUCAUGUCGAGGAGGAUGAUUAUCCUACCCUUCAGGAUUCCCAUUACCUCUAUUCGGGUUCGAGAGAUCUUGUCGUGGCAAGUUCUGUUGAACCGGUGGAACAAGGUGUUGCAGGAUUGCUGCAUUUUGCUGGAUCAACUGGGCUAAAUAAUCAUCCUCCUCGACAUGAGACCGAAGUGGAACAAAGCCAGGUAGGGAACCGACAUAGAGAAGUGAUCCACCCAUCUCUUCCACAGAGUUCUCGACCUCAUGAAAACACAACUGUCGUUGAAAAGACAGAGGAGAUUUCCCACGUUGACCCAGAGCGACAAGAUCUCAAGGCAAAGAUGGAGGAUGUGAUACAGGCCAUAAAGGGAAAGGAUACUGCAGCCAUAGAUAGUUUGGUGCAGAAGACCAACUUGCCGUUCAGACCCUCGGUUAUGAAAUGCCCCUUGCCGAGUAAAUUUAAAAUGCCCUCAAUCGAGAGUUUCGACGGAACUAAAGAUCCCAUCGACCAUUUGGAGACUUUUCAAGCGCUAAUGCAUUUGUACGUGAUGCCAGAUGAGAUCAUGUGCAGGGCUUUCCCAACAACUCUCAAAGGAUCAAUACGAGUGUGGUUUAACAAGCUAAAGCCAGGGACCAUCGAAACCUUUGAAGAAUUGAGUAAGCAUUUUGUGGGACACUUCAUUGCUGGCCAGAAGCAUAGAAGGUCGGCUACCUACCUUCUUACUGUAAAGCAGCAGAAAGGAGAGUCACUGCAAGACUACAUUAGUCGUUUCAAUACGGAAAUGUUGCAGGUGGAGGAAGCGGAUGACAAUGUGGCUUUAGCCGCCUUUAUGGGAGGACUCCAAACCUCGAGAUUUCUCUUCUCUUUAUCAGAAGAACCCCCUACCAACAUGGCCGAGCUACUGGUUCGAGCUAAAAAACAUAUGAAUGAUGAAGAUGCAAUGAUGGCAAGAAAGGGGAAAGAAGGGGAUGAUAAGAAGGCAGACAAGAAAAGGCCGGCUCUGAUAACCAAAGAUGAAAAGAAAACCAAGUAUAAGAAACCUAUGAUCAACCAGAAUGAAAGGGCGUCUCGCUAUAAGAGCAUCCAGGAUGAACCAUAUCUGAAGUGGCCACCAAAAUUGAAGUCAGACCCGGCGAGGAGACCUCGUGAUAAGUAUUGUAGGUUCCAUAAAGACCAUGGGCACGCCACAGAGGAUUGCUUCGACCUCAAGGAUCAGAUUGAGGCUUUGAUCCGAAGGGGGCAUAUGGGAAAAUUUAUUAUGGGGAAUGACAGAACCGACGUUAAUCUACCAAGAGCAGGCCGAGAUAACCGCCUCCGUGAUCAACAACCAAUGGGAGAAAUCAAGUUCAUAGCUGGGGGAUGUGCAGGUGGUGGAGAAUCAAGCUCAGCCCGUAAGGCCUAUGCCAGGAGAAUGCGAAACUCAUCUGAAGUUUGCGAAGUUGGAAUACAGAAUCCACACCGAAAAAUGCCACGUCUAGGUGAUCCUGUUAUCACAUUCUCAGAUGAAGAUAUUAAGGACGUGCGACAACCCCAUGACGACCUCUCGUUGUCACCAUGA